UGCUGUUGGCGGUGUCGCCGACGUCAAUGCUCUCUCGCUCGCGUGUGUUCGUCAGAGCCGUCGCCCGAUCCAUCGCGUGCCGACGGAGCAUCCGCUUCUCCGCACCCCCCCAAUCUCCGCCGAUGCAUCAUCACCGCCAUCAUCAUCGCAUGGACAAGUGUGUUGGAUUUCAUGCCUUUGAACUAUGCUUUCCAGGGUUUAGGGUUUAGGGCUGAGGAGGUUGUCUGGAGCUGUGCUUGCAGCACGCCGACGUUUCUCAGGGUUUAGGGGUCGUUGACUGUUAUGGAAGCUGAUUUUGCUCGCAAGCGGAUUACCCUCGGACUCUGGUUUGUUUGUUGUUUCGUACAAUUCAGCACGCUAGUGGUUGUUGUGACAACUGCUGCAUUUCGAGGUCGUGAGUCGUAAUUGUGAUUCCUUCGGGAGCUUGGAGUCCAAGGGUGUUUGUUCAGCUUGGUUUCAUCUUUUGUAUUAGGGAUCGGUUCUGGACGAGGAUGCUGCCUCGAAGUAUUAAAUGAAGACAUUGUGCACCUAUGGUUGAGCAAGAUUUGAUGGUCGUUUGCUGUGGCAAGCUGUGACUUUUUAAUGCUGAUAUUCAUCUAAGUCAUAGAUAGCUUACGUGAAGACGAGUUGUUGGGAGUCCGAGAUGGAAGGUGGAGGGGGGAGUCGUCAUGCGGGGGCUCCUCGAAUGCUCGAUGUGCAGAAGUUUGCCUAUGCCCGAGGAGCGGAAUUGGAAGCUUUGUAUGCUGUCUUGAAGGAGAAGAAGGAGACACAUGGGAGUGAUCGGGUAGCUGUCAUUCCUCGUUGUCUCCGGCGGCGGACGACAGCCCACAAUCGGCGUAAGUCGUUCUUUUGGCAAAGGAAGGAAAAGAAGAGAAAGUUUGGGGCUGUGGAUGAGGCGCCGGCGACGGUGCCCAAUGCCGAGAGUGAGGGGUUAGAAGCUGGGAGUAAGGAGAUUUCAGUGACUGCCAAGGAACUGCUAUGUAGGCGUACAAGGAGGAGAAUUGAGCUGAAAGGAGAUGAGAAAGGAGGAGGUGGUUGCUCCAGGGAUGGGACUCAGCGGCUGGUUACUCAUGUUUGGCAUGCGAAACGCUUCGCAAUGAAAAAAAUCUGGGGCCACUGGCUUGCGGAGGGGCUCCCUGGAAGAGGCCGAGGAUCGCGGGCAGUCAUUAAGUGGGCAAACGAGGCUGCUGUGCUGCAGGAUGCCAGCUUUUUUUCUGUCAUUGAGCUAGAAGGCAGCGGGAAAUGCAUCAUAGAUGCUUUGCAGUUGGCAUUGGAGCCAGCUCCAACAUCUGUCGAAUUGAUGUCGCCUACUGAUCAAGCUGUGUAUGAUGGUGCAAAUUAUGGGAGAGCAAUGUUAUAUCACAUGGGUGAGUGUUCUCGUCGAGCGAUUGCUCCAGUUACAUAUAUUUGGCGUCCUGAAUCAAAAGCAGAGGAGGAGCGACAGAUGUGGCUGUGGGUCCACGCUGCUGCUUUUGAAGAGGCCUUGACGUGUCUCCAGCUUUUGUGUCAAAAGCAGAGGGCUUGUGGAAGAGAUAAGUUGCAAUGUCGGUCGAGGAAAGGCCAAAUGGGGCGAUUGGAUUUGUUGGGAAGUGACGCAAAUUCUAUUUUGCAUAAAGUGCUUCAUCCUGUUGUCAGACAGACAUCACAGCCGUGCGAUAAACUUGGUUCUCUUUGCUCUCAUGAUUCGUCAUCAGGCGUGUCCACUUUGAGAUGUCUGGAAAGUUCAGGGGGUGCAGUUGUUGGUAUGGAAGUGUGGGAUCCUAGGAAUCGUCCAGACCAGGAUAUAGCUUUUCAGCCAUCUAUACUCGUAGAUGCAGGUUCUGAUGAGGAUAGAGUAGAGAACAUUGACAGCACGAAUCCAAAUUCUGGAUCCCCUUCCACGUUUGAUCAUGUGGUCGUGAACACGCUAGAAACGCAUCUUUUAGGUAAUAGAGGUGCGUGGGAUUGGUUGAGCAUGAACGGUCAGGAAGGUUUGGUUAAGCCUCUGAGCGAAAAAGAUUUGAGUAUCAAACGGCAUAAGAGGCGGCUGUCUUACAUCCGACUUGAUGAUACAAGUGAAGAUAUACAACAAGAGUCAACCAUUGCUGGUGAAAAUUCGAAGUGUCAUAUCCUGGUUAUAAAGCAUGCGCAUGCUAUGCCUUCAGCUUGUGGGUUUUCGCUUAUAAUGCCCAUAGCAUGGGUGCGAGCUUUUUGGGUACCUUUGGUAUUUGCGGGUGGUCGUGCCAUUGGACUACGAGAGCGACAUUGGCUCCAUACAGAUGCCAAGCUUGCAUCUUUUCCUCACGAUUACCCUGACUGUUACUCCUACGACCAGCAUAUGGCUAGCAAGGCCUUAGAAUAUCAAGAGAUCUACAGUCGAAGACCUCCUUCCAAAAGAGGCAUAUGGAGGAGUGAACUGCCAGACUGGAAGUUUUUAAAUGAAGCUCCUCAGUUGUGUUCAGAGAAUUGCAGCACUGUUCCGAAUGUUUUAACGGCUGAGUUUGAAACAGGAAUAUCUUGUGGUGCAGUGGCUGCAGUUGCCGAAACAGACCCAAGCAAGACUUCGAACAAUGAUCUUGUUUUACUCUCUUCAUCUGGUCCUGCAGCACCUGUACCGCAGCUUAACACUUGCAGCACUUCUCAUUAUGUCCAGGCGGCAGAUCCUGAUGCAGGGAUAAUCGGUGCGACAGCGGCCGAUGAUUCUAGGAUAGAUUCAACCCAGCCUGGAAUUGACGCACAUGUUUUCCUUCCUUCAAGGGGUCUGACAGAUCAGAUUUUGCCUGGAGAUGCUGUAGGUUAUUGUAGUAGUGAUACAGUUGGUACUGUUCCAAUGGAAGUUCUAGAUAAGGAAUCGAAACCUGAUAAUACAGUUGAGUUUCAUGAAGAGGGUUCUUCACAGGUUGUCCCCACACCAAUGGCUAUUGAGUUAGAGGACAGAAAUGAUAGUUCAGGUGCUACUUUGGAUGCAUUUAUCUCUGCAGAGAAGCCUGUCCUAUCACUGGAAGCCCAUGGGGAGAUCGAGGAGUCAAAAAACUUGAAAGUUGACUUUGUGGAAGCUGCGGUUGGGGAACGAGAUUUAUCAGGAGGUGGUAAGGCUGGAGAACCUUCAAUGUUUGUGGCACGAACAAAAGAGACUUUACAACAGACUUUAAAGGAUUGUAGCCUUCAUCACCUACCGUUGCUUACAUCAUCAUCCGGGGAAGCACUUGAUACUAAUGGUCACUCCACCCUACAACUGGCUGGCGAUGGCAGCGCAGAAUUGAUUAAAAAAGGUUGCCUUGUGAGAGUCCUGAUUCAUGCUCCACGGAAAGGAGUCUUUGAUGAAGAAGCCAUGAUUUAUUUGCCCCUGUCCAGUGAUGUUGAUUCUUAUUUUAGCUCGUACGUUUCACUGCUCUCGUACCAUUCUUUAGAGCCACAAAAAUGGCAAGGUUUUGAAGAUCCUAGUUUUCAUCAGGUCCAACAAUCUUCAUGUAAUAAAAGGAAGAAGAGAAAACAGAUAUUUAAAGGCGAAGGCGGAACACCAUCUCACGGUUCUAUCCAAUCUCAAAAUGCAUCUUCCCAAACCGUUCUGCCUAGACCCAGAUCUGAAUUUUGUAGCUUGCGAGUUCCAAUCGGGAUUGUCACUUCUGCCAUGGUUAGAGGAAGUAAAUCCUCUUUAGCCAUUGGUGUCUGUGAAGUUGCUGCUCUUGGCGUUUUGAGAGCGAGGCAAAUGGCUGACAAGAGGUGGUCAAGCUCAUCGGACAUCUUUUUACUUGCCCGCAACAAAUGCUCGUCAAUGUAUCGCCCAGCAUUGGCUUCAAUCGUAAUUGAAACUGGAGAUGACCUUGUGUGAUACGUCUUUGGUGUGAACGCGCUCCAUUAGGGGGUCAGUAUCACUGAAUUUUUGAUCGACGGAAUAGAUUAGAUGAUGUGUGGAGAAGACCAAUUGACAGGAUUGUCAAGGUAGUUUAACCCAUUGCUGUAAUACAUCGUGACGUAACACAGACUUUGAUUACAAUGCUACCAACUAUAUUCAGUGUG